UUUAUGUAAAGUAAUCAAAGAUGACUAUUUUCCCCAAAAAUUGGUACGAAAAUGCGAGCACUUUUGCUUCUUCCCCAACCGCUUCUAUUGGCAGUUUCCCGGCGCAUCCACUCAGCUGCCAUCGAACCCUUACGCACUGAGUCAGCUCAUUUUCCAACUCGCCCUCUUCAUAAAGCUACUCGAAUUCUCGCUUCGAAUAUGACCACCGACUCGACCGCCUCCGAACUCACUCAUGCGAUCACCCUCACGCCUCAACUCGACCACACUGUCACCGUCGUAGCUGCCGCCGGUGUCUCCGACUCAGAUUUCAGGAAUGCCAUAGAAUGUUCUUUAUUCAAACAAUGGUUGAAAAACAUUCAAACAGAAAAUGGACUGCUUUCUAAUGGAGACAUGUAUUUAAGACAGGUCAUCAUUCAGGGAAUUGACAUGUUUGGGAAGCGCGUUGGAUUUUUGAAGUUCAAAGCCGAUAUAGUUCAUAAACAAUCAGGGAAUAAGGUUCCAGGAAUAGUUUUUGCACGAGGACCAGCUGUUGCAGUGCUCAUCCUUUUAGAUUCAGAUGGAGAGACAUAUGCAGUGCUGACUGAGCAGGUUAGGGUUCCUGUUGGAAAGCUUAUGUUGGAAUUACCAGCUGGGAUGUUGGAUGAUGACAAGGGUGAUAUAGUUGGAACAGCUGUUCGCGAGGUUGAGGAGGAGACAGGGUUGCACUUAAACAUCGAUGAUCUAGUUGAUCUUACUGCCUUUUUAGAUACUUCAACUGGAAACCAAGUAUUCCCAUCUCCAGGCGGAUGUGAUGAAGGCAUUGGUCUGUUUCUAUACAGAGGAAGUGUGGACAAAGAGAUUAUAAGACAACUACAGGGGAAAGAAACAGGUCUUCGAGAUCACGGAGAGCUGAUCCAGGUGCGUGUAGUUCCCUAUCGAGAUCUGUGGCGUAAAACUGCUGAUGCAAAAGUCCUGACAGCCAUUGCCCUUUACGAAAUGGCCAAGAGAGAUGGUUUGAUCCGCCACAGAGAUUGAGCGAGCAGAUGUUUCACAUGGUUCGUAGAUUUAUAUCUAGGCUAAUGCCCAAGGUCGAAAAAAGCACACCAUUUUCAAUGAUUGUGGCUCGAAGAACAUAGGGAGAUUACAAGAUGUGAGUACUCAGCUCAGGAUGAAAUGUACCAAGAGUAAGAGGGAAGUUGAUUGUGGUCCAGGAAAACAUUUACGAAUAAUUGGUUGUUUCUGUUGCUAGUAUUAUAAUGUAUUACCAACAUCAUAUAUUUAAGACCAAGUUGAUGCCUUGAGACA